AUGGCUAUCUUCAUUAUUUUGUCCCUGUGUAGUGUGCUGGUGACGGCCAUGGGUGAUGGCGGGAGUGAGAAAGGAGUGGAGAGGGAAUGUAAACCCGGCCAGCCUCCCCGCUGCCCCUCCGUGUCCCCCAGUGCCCAGCCCGGGACACACCCCGGCCAGAGCCAGCCGGUUGCAGACCUGAGCCGAGAGGAGCUGACAGCCGUGAUGAGCUUCCUGACCCGGCAGCUAAGGCCAGGCCUGGUGGAUGCAGCCCAGGCCCGCCCCUCGGACAACUGCGUCUUCUCGGUGGAGCUGCACCUGCCCCCCAAGGCCGCAGCCCUGGCCCACCUGGACAGGGGGAGCCCCCCACCUGCCCGGGAGGCACUGGCCAUCGUCUUCUUUGGCGGACAACCCCAGCCCAACGUGAGUGAGCUGGUGGUGGGGCCACUGCCCCGGCCCUCCUACCUGCGGGAUGUGACGGUGGAGCGUCACGGGGGCCCCCCCUACCACCGCCGCCCCGUGCUGAUGCGAGAGUACCUGGACAUAAACCAGCUGAUCUUCGACAGAGAGCUGCCCCAGGCUGCUGGGCUCCUGCACCACUGCUGCUUCUAUAAGUGCCAAGGACAGAACCUGGUGACGAUGCCCACGGCCCCCCGAGGCUUGCAGUCAGGGGACCGGGCCGCCUGGUUUGGCCUCUACUACAACGUCUCAGGGGCUGGGUUCUUCCUGCACCCCGUGGGGUUGGAGUUGCUGGUAGACCACAAGGCUCUGGACCCUGCCCGCUGGGCCAUCCAGAAGGUGUUCUUUCAAGGCCGCUACUACGAGAGUUUGGCCCAGCUGGAGGACCAGUUUGAGGCUGGCCUGGUGAACGUGGUGCUGAUCCCAGACAAUGGCACAGGUGGGUCCUGGUCCCUCAAGUCCAAGGGGCCUCCCGGUCCGGCUCCUCCUCUGCAGGUCCAUCCCCAGGGCCCCCGCUUCAGUGUCCAGGGGAGUCGAGUGACCUCCUCGUGGUGGACUUUCUCCUUUGGCCUUGGAGCUUUCAGUGGCCCCAGGAUCUUUGACAUCCGCUUCCGGGGAGAACGACUAGCUUAUGAGAUCAGCUUCCAGGAGGCCUUGGUCGUCUAUGGUGGAAAUUCCCCUGCAGCAAUGCUGACCCGCUAUAUGGAUGGCAGCUUUGGCAUGGGCAAGUACUCCACUCCCCUGACCCGGGGGGUGGACUGCCCCUACCUGGCCACCUACGUGGACUGGCACUUCCUUCUGGAAUCCCACACCCCCAAGACAAUACGUGAUGCCAUUUGUGUGUUUGAACAGAACCAGGGCCUCCCCCUGAGGCGACACCACUCAAAUUUCUACUCCCAUUAUUUUGGGGGCCUUGUAGAGACAGUGCUGGUGGUCAGAUCUGUGUCGACCUUGCUCAAUUAUGACUACCUGUGGGAUAUGGUCUUCCAUUCCAGUGGGGCCAUAGAAGUCCGAUUCCACGCCACCGGCUACAUCAGCUCAGCAUUCCUCUUUGGUGCCGCCCGAAGGUACGGGAACCAGGUUGGGGAGCACACGCUGGGCACCGUGCACACCCACUUCAAGGUGGAUCUGGAUGUAGGAGGACUGGAGAACUGGGUCUGGGCUGAGGACAUGACCUAUGUCCCCACGGCGGUACCCUGGAGCCCCGAGCACCAGAUGCAGAGGCUGCAGGUGACCCGGAAGCUGCUGGAGACCGAGGAGCAGGCCGCCUUCCCCCUGGGAGGCGCCCUCCCCCACUACGUGUACCUGGCCAGCAACCACAGCAACAAGUGGGGUCACCCGUGGGGCUACCGCAUCCAGCUGCUCAGCUUUGCUGGGGAGCCGCUGCCGCAGAACAGCUCCUUGGAGAGAGCCUUCAGCUGGGGGAGGUACCAUCUGGCGGUGACCCAGCGGAAGGAGGCGGAGCGAAGCAGCACCAGCAUCUACAAUUUGAACGACCCUUGGACUCCCACUGUGGACUUCGCUGACUUCAUCAACAAUGAGACCAUUGCUGGAGAGGACUUGGUGGCCUGGGCGACGGCUGGUUUCCUGCACAUCCCACACGCAGAAGACGUUCCCAACACGGUGACGGUGGGGAAUGGUGUGGGCUUCUUCCUCCGACCCUACAACUUCUUUGACCAGGACCCCUCCUUCGAGUCUGCGGACUCGGUCUAUUUCCGGGAGGACCAGGAUGCCGGGGCCUGCGAGGCCAACCCCCUGGCUUGCCUUCCCCAGGCUGCUGCCUGUGCCCCAGACCUCCCUGCCUUCUCCCAUGGGGGCUUCUCUCACAACUAGGGGGUCCCCGGGACGGGAAAUAUGGUCAGGGGCCCCAGGGCCAGGGUGCGUGGGGAGGGGAGCGGUAGGUGCUGGGCCAGGCGGCCUGGCGCCCUCUUCUCUUCCUUCCUUCCACCCCAAGGCUCCCUGCCUCCCCUUCUCCCCAGGCCCCCUCUCUGUCGCCCUCCCUGACACCCCCUCCCUGCUGGGAGUAUCCUGAGCCUGUGAUGCCUGGCACUGGGGGAGGGGCAGAGACAUGACUCAGCUUUGUUGACCCCAGACCUGCUGGGUUCCCGUCCCACAGAGAAGAAUGGCUAGCUGAAGCCCGGACUGAUGGCCAAGUUUUCCCAGAAGAUUCGUGUUUCUUCUAACAGUUUUUUAAUCUUACCUUUUUUUUUUAACAAGAUAUGAUUCGCAUGCCAUUAAAUCCACCCUUUUAAUAUGUACAAGUUAGGGGUUUUUAAUAUAUUUACAGAGUUGUGCAACUGUCACCCCUAUCCAAUUUCAGAGUGUUCUCAUCAUCUGAGAAAGAAACCCGGGACCUGUUAGCACUCACUCUCUCUUUCCCCUCCAACCCCUUCCGGGCUCUAGGCAACCACUUGUCUUUCUGUCACUAUAGAUUUGCUGAUAUGCUGGACAUUUCGUAUAAAUAGAUUCGUACAGUACGUGGCCUUCUGUGAUUGGCUUC